AUGCCUGAAGUUUUUAAAGUAUUCUACCGUGGCUCAAAGAGUGAUUUCUCCGUCUUUUUGGAUUCUGUGGACGCAUACAAGAAAUGGGCGUCUGGCGACAAGACGGUUCCCAUUUCUGACGUCAUAUCAAGUUUUAUUGUGUAUACACCGGUUACAGGUAACGGCACUGAAGGAGAAAUACAUGAAGCAUCAAAGCAGGUUUUAGAGGAGGAGUUUGGUAAGUUCGAUUCUGUUGAUACUACAGUGAUCCCUAAGAUUUUGAGGGAAGGAGAACUGAGAAGGGCCAAGUCGAGCGCUCGGGAACUAAGAAAAAGACGGAGCAACCCACCAAAGGAAAAAGCAAAGCCAAAAUAUACGACAAUGGGAUGA